UUUGUAACUCAGCUGGUGGUGCGCUCGGGAGGCAGAGUUUUGUACACGGAAAAUCCGCUUGCGAAACGGCGUUUGGACGACGGAAAACUAUGGCCACCCUACUACCCAAACCCGUGGACCCGGACGAGGCCGCUAAGCGGGAAAGCACCACCAAAACAACGGGUGUAUUUUUUCCCGAAUCCGACCUAGACGAGGUGGCCAAACAUUUCAUCGGAAACAUUCACCGCUACCGGGAAAACAUCAUAAUCCCAAAACUGUAUGGCGCGGUACAGAUUAAAACGAACGAGGAAAAGCUUGUAGAGGCCGCCUUCGAGAGCUGCGCGUUCAAAUCGUUUAUGAGCUGUGUGCUGGGCUAUGGUCUCGGUGCGGCAAUCGGUCUGUUUAGCUCGUCCGUCAAUCCCAGCAUCGCCGAUCCGAUGGCGGGCGAGAAGCAACAAACGGCGAGAGAAAUUUUCCGCGAAAUGCGCCAAGCGACACACUCGUACGGUAAGAACUUUGCCGUCAUUGGGGCAGUGUUCGCGGCCGUGGAGUGUACCAUUGAAUCGAAACGCGGCGUUUCCGAUUGGAAGAAUGGAACGUAUGCCGGAGCCGUAACGGGAGGAUUGAUUGGCUUGCGAGCUGGAGUCAAGGCCGGAAUUAUCGGAGCAGCUGGCUUUGCCGCAUUCUCCACAGUAAUAGAUUACUACAUGAGACACAGAUAAAUGCUUACUAAAAUAAUAGUUGUAGAAAUCCAGACACACUGUUACAGUCUGAUAACAUUAAAGUAAAAUAAAAACAAAAUAUUGUUGAGGUUUAGCCGAA